AUGUUCUUUGAACAAUCUCAACUGAAUAAAUGGACACAUUUCCUAGUGGUAUCAAUUACAAUACUGAUUUCAUUAACGUUUGCUGAUGUUGAAACACAUGAGUAUACGCCAGGUGAAGAAGUGAUUGUCUGGGUGAAUAAAAUUGGUCCAUUUAAUAAUCCACAGGAGACAUAUACAUACAAUACAUUACCAUUCUGUCGUGCUCUUGGUGCUGAAGAACCUGAAGCUCAUGCAUUAGGAAUUGGAGAGAUUUUAGAAGGAAAUGAGCUCUUUAAUUCAGGUUUACAGCUCAAAUUUGGUAUCAAUACACCAAAAACAACAUUAUGUCAACAGAUUCUUACAGAUGCUGAUGCAUUACAAUUUGGAGAAGCAGUGGAUGAACAUUAUUGGUAUCAAAUGAGUGUCGAUGAUUUACCUGUAUGGGGUCUUGUUGGUAAAGUCAUGAAACCAACUGAUGAUGAUGAAUAUCUCAAAGUAUUUCCAGUUGGUACGCGUGUGCUGUAUACACAUAAGAAAUAUUCCAUCUCAUACAAUGGACCUAAUAUUAUUCAUGUGAAUUUGACCUUUUCUGAUGUACUCACGUCGAUUGCAUCCAAUAAGAAAGUCGAAUUUACGUACGAAGUCAUGUGGUCCGAGACUACGAUUCCAUUUGAAGAUCGGUUUGAUCGAUACCUUGAGGACGAAUUUUUUGAGCAUCAGAUUCAUUGGUUUUCCAUUUUUAACUCGUUUAUGAUGGUUAUUUUCUUAUGUGGACUUGUGGCACUUAUUUUGUUACGCACGCUCAAGAAUGACUAUGCACGCUUUGCUGAGGAUGAUACGGAGGAGAUGAUGAUGGAUGGAAAGUCGUCGUUGCUCAAGGACGAUGCCAACUCAGGCUGGAAGCUGCUGCACGGCGACGUCUUUCGUGCUCCGCCCUAUUUGCUGCUAUUUACGGCGCUUGUAGGAACAGGAGCGCAAUUAUUAGUGUUGUCGGACUCACUGUAUACGCCUUCUCUUCAUUAA